UCGGGUGCGGGUCGGGCAUGGCGGGGGCGGGCGGCGGCUCCUGCUGCCGCGGCGGGAUGGGAGGGCCCCAGCCGCUGCGUGCCACCGUCCCCUUCCAGCUCCAGCAGCGCCGUGGAGACGGGGGUCGGGCAGCCAGUGUUCCCUGUGCUGCUGCCCUGGAGAAGGCCUCCUGCCCCUGGCAGCCCCGGGUGCGCCGCACCUCCUCGCUCGACACCGUCCUGGGCUCCUACCUGCUGGGGCAGUGGCCAAAGGAUGCUGAAGGAGCUGCCACUUCCUGCAUGAAUGACAAAGCCACCCAGACUCCGGCGGCCUGGGGCCGGGCGGCGGCGGGGCCGGGCGGCGCUCACCGGCGCUCCGCCUCCUGGGGCAGCGCCGAGCACCGCGCAGAGGUUGCCAAGCUGAGGCAGCAGCUGCAGAGGACGAAGCUGAGUGGCAGAAGCAGCAAAGCCCAGAAGGGCUCUCGGCUGCAGGGUGACCACACUGUGCUGCCACCACUCAGGGACUGUCCCUCAGGCUUCCUUUCUCCAUCCCCCAUGUGGAGGCUCAGCCCCUGCUUGCACAGGAGCCUGGAAGGGCUGAACCAGGAGCUGGAGGAAGCAUUUGUCAAGGGGCAGGGAGAGGAAGAGCUGCUGAGGAUCCUGGAUGUCCCAGAUGGCCACAGAGCUCCAGCACCUGCCCAGAGAGGCUCUGCAGAUGUGUCCCUGAGCCUGGAGCCCAGCAGUGGCAGCUGCAGCAGCCUCUCCCUCUCUCCUUCCCCCUCUGUGCCUCUCCAGCUCUCUCCCCACGCCCCAGGCAGGCUGGGGGCAGCGGAGGCCUCCUCGGCGGUGGAGGAGGCGCAGCCAGACCCCAAGGAGAAAGAGGGGGGCAGCCCCUCUCCAGUCCUGGCCUUCGCCGCCUCCCCCCGGCCCAACCACAGCUAUGUCUUCAAGAGGGAACCUCCCGAGGGCUGCGAGAGGGUCAGGGCCUUCGAGGAGGCCUGCUCCCCCAGCCCUGAGCAACCUUUCCAGCCCUCCUGCCCCGACAAGAACAAAGUGCACUUCAACCCCACCGGCUCUGCCUUCUGCCCUGUCAGCCUGGUCAAGCCUCUCUUCCCAAACGUGGGCUUCCUCUUCAGGGGCUUCCCAGCUUCUGCCAGCCCUGGCAUGGGCACUUUUCCCUCCUGCCAGCCCCCUGCCCCCAGCCCUUUCCUCGGAGCACGGCAGGAUGCCGUGGGGGAGAGCCUGAGCGAGGGCUCCGAGCCUCCGGCGCUGAGCUACGAGCGCUGGAAGCGGAGCCAGCCCGAGGACAGCGUCGUCUUCCACAGCUCCCUGGUGGUCUGAAGCCUGGGGCAAAGCUCAGCCAGCAGCUCUGGCUCCUCAGGGCAUCCAUCUCUGCCAGCCUGGGGGCAGCAGAGCUGGGGAGGUAGCACCUGAGAGGCGGCGCUGGGACUGAGAGCCGCAGGAGGCUUCCUCCGAGAAACUGGGAAGCACAGAGAGUGCUGUGGGACAGCCCAGGGAGCCCUCCCCUGCUCCCAGCACUUCCCUGGGCUGGC